AUGUUCGGAUUAAACGGUUUCGGGAACGAGUCACCGAUUUUGGGGGUCACAACGAAUAGUGACACCCGAAAUUACUUGACAAUGGAUGCCAUAAGUUCAGGUUUGGAUGAACGACGACAACGAAGUACACGCGGAAAUGAGGAUGAUACGAAUAAUACAGGAUUAUCACCAGUUUUGCAAGACCAGAUCGCUAAAGUGAAUUUUGAACGAGAAAUGCUGGAACGCGAAAAAGACCUCCUGCAAAAAACUUUACCCGAUUUUGACCCUGGCUCAUCCAAAACGGCCCUAACGGCAAUUCAGUGGAUCCGCAAGGUAGAGACAAUCGCUAGCAUCUAUGGAUGGGACAGCAAAAAUACGCUAUUUCACGCUAUGAACAGACUCAACGGGGCAGCAAGGUUUUGGUUUCACGGUCUCGAGGAAUCACUAACAGAUUGGCACACGUUUAAAACGAAACUGGUCGAGGAUUUCCCAGUAAUUCACGACGACGCAGAUAUACACUUUGAAUUAAGCAAUCGAAAAAAGAAAUUUAACGAAUCAUACGAAACGUACGUGUAUACCAUGAAAAGCAUUGCUAGUAAGGGCACGGUAAGCGAACAAGCCGUUAUUAAAUACAUUAUAAUGGGACUUGGAGACCGAGAAUUGGCCAAAAUGUUAAGCCUUAACGACAUCAGAACCACUCAAGAUCUGUUAAAACGCAUUUUACAGUACGUCAGUACCUUCCAGAGGUGCAAAUCUUUAAGGGCCUCAUCUCCGAAUAAGAUCGAAACAAAAAACGACUUUGAUUCAAAACACUUGGAAAGAAAAUGUUAUAACUGCAACGAAGUUGGCCACAUCUCAACGAAUUGCCCAAAACCACAAAAGAAAAGUCGGUGCAACACCUGUAAUCGUGUCGGACAUUUUGCGAAGGAUUGUCAACAAAGUAAUCAACGAAAAGAUACUGAAGAAUCAGAAAAGACCAAAGAAAAAUAUCCGAAGGUGAGGAAAAUUGAAUCCAACGGGUCAAACGAUCAAAACUAUAAAGUUAUCACAAUAGAUGCGAAAGAAAUCACAGCGUACAUCGAUUUGGGUAGUGACGUUGUGACGCUUCGAAAAAGUGACGCGGACAAUUUAAACAUAGUAUACGUGCCGUAUAACAUUAUGUUACGGGGUUUUGGACAAGGAUCAUGUAAAUCGGUCGGGAAAAGAACUUUGAUGUUGAACAUUGACGGGGUAUUAAUCGAGUGUGAAGUGCUUAUAGUACCAGACGACUCCCAAGAGGACUCCAUGAUAGUUGGGCGCAGCGCUCUCGCUCAAACGGGAAUACGCGUUAUUACGGAAGGAGACAAACUGUCUAUCGAAAAGGUUAUGAGUGUAUCAGUAUCAACAAAUCCACCUGACGACAUACAUUGUAACCCGGAGUUGAGUAAGACUGAUCAAGAGCAACUGAUACAAUUGGUGAAUGACUUCAAGACGUGCUUCGCGAGUAACCUCCAUGAACUGGGUACCACGGACUUGAUCGAUAUGAAUAUUAAGUUGACGAACAAUGAAGUUGUUCGUUAUCGUCCAUAUCGCUUACCUUAUGCGCAGCGUGAAGAAGUUGAUAAAAUCGUGGAUGAUAUGUUAAGUGCCGGAAUAAUUAGCGACUCAAAUUCCGAAUACUCUAGCCCCGUGCUCCUAGUUAAGAAAAAGGACGGUUCCAAUCGGUUAUGCAUCGACUAUCGUCGAUUGAAUGCAAUCACAGUCAAAGAAUACGUGCCUAUGCAGAUUAUCGAUGAACAGUUGGAUCUUCUUUCCGGAAAUGGUUACUUUACCACACUUGAUUUAGCUAGCGGGUAUAUGCAAGUGCCGGUUGCUAAAGAAUCGCGUCACUUAACGUCUUUCGUAACCACUACUGGACAAUACGAAUUUAAUCGCAUGCCCUUUGGACUUGUAAACGCGCCGAGUGUUUUUAAUAGACUUAUGAACAUGGUAACUCGGAAAAUCGGGCGUGGUGUCGUUACGAUCUACAUGGACGAUAUUUUGAUUCCCAGCAAAACGGUUGGCGAAGGACUCGAAAAGCUAACAUUAGUUUUACAGACAAUUAGAGACUUAGGAUUAACAUUAAAAUUAUCGAAGUGUCGAUUCUUAUUUACUAAACUUGAAUACCUCGGUUACGAAAUAGACGCGAAUGGUGUGAGGCCGGGUUCGCGAAAAGUGAACGCUAUAACAGACUUUCCACGUCCUACCAAUGUACACGAAGUGCGACAGUUUCUUGGACUCUGCAAUUUCUUCCGUCGUUUUGUACAGGACUACGCCAAAAUUGCUCGAUAUCUCACAUUACUAACGAAAAACGAUCAACGCUUUAUUUGGUCUGAGGAUCAAGAGAACGCAUUCUUAACAUUGAAGAAAAUUUUAUCUGAGAAACCGAUCUUGUCGUUAUACGAUCCGACUGCCGAAUUCCAAGUAUAUUGCGACGCUUCAAAACAAGGUUUAGCAGGCAUUUACUUGCAGAAAAAGAAAGUAGACGCUGUUUGGAAGCCGGUUUGUUAUUUUAGUCGGCAAACCACAGAAGAUGAAAAGAAAUUCCACAGUUAUGAAUUAGAAGCGUUAGCCGUCGUCGAGUCAUUGGACAGAUUUCGUGUUUACCUACUCGGACGAAAGUUUACAGUAAUUACCGACUGCAACUCAUUGAAGACAAUGAUGACCAAACGUGAUAUGUCACCACGACUAGGCCGCUGGUUCUUGAAACUCCAAGAAUAUGAUUUCGACAUACAGCACCGUGCUGGAUCGCGGAUGCAACAUGUCGAUGCGCUGAGCCGCAACCCAACCGAACCAGCAAGAGAAGUUGAAGUAGCGGAUGCUAAAAUAUAUAGCCUCCGAAUCGACAUGUCAGACUGGUUAUUAACCAUGCAACUGCAGGACAAGAAAAUUGUAGAUAUUUACGAAACCCUAAAGAGAAAGCCGACAACGAAUAUUGAAAAACAGAUUCAUAUCGAUUAUAGUAUUGAGAAUAAUCGUGUAUGCCGGAAAAUAGGAACAAACUUACGAUGGGUGGUGCCUAAACCGGUUAUCUGGAAAGUAAUCCAGAGCUGUCAUGAUGAUAUGGGACACUGCGGUGUCGAUCGAACAGUAAGUUAUCUGCAGAAGUAUUUUUGGUUCCCGAAAAUGCGUAAGAAGGUUCAGACGUACAUCAAUUCGUGUAUACGCUGCGCUUACCACAAAACACAGAAAGGAAAACCAGAGGGAGAACUUCAUCGGAUCGAAAGAACUCCUAUACCUUUUCACACGUGUAACAUUGACCACCUUGGUCCUUUCGUGAGCUCCAAUCGGGAAAGCUACGUCCUCCAUUACCAGGACAAUUUCACCAAAUACGCUUUAUUCCGCGCUACCAGAAACACGAAGAGCAAACCUGUUAUCGACGCUUUAAAAGACAUAUUUGCUGUAUUUGGUGCACCAACGCGACUCAUUUGCGAUCGAGGCACGGCAUUUACAUCGAAAGAGUUCACAUUAUUUUGCGAAGAAAAUCAGAUCACAUUGAUAAAAACCGCCACUGCUACACCUCGCGCCAACGGCCAAGUCGAACGAAAAAAUCAAACAUUGUUAGAAGCCCUACGGACAACGUUUAAUCGUGAAGACUAUAAAGACUGGAGUCAACACUUACGUAAUCUGCAAUUCGCCCUUAACGCCCACAAGAAUAAAACGACCCAGAUGAGCCCCCACGAUUUAUUGUUUAGUUAUCAUCCCCGAAAUGCAGUUCAAAAUCAACUUAUACUCGCUUUGGGGGAGCCAGACGACGAAAUCAACUUAGAAGAAGCACGAGAAGAAGCGGUGCGAAAAAUCCAUCGACAGCAGGCCAAGGACAAACAGCGGUUUGACGAAAAACACAAACGCCCUACCGAAUACGUAGAAGAUGAUCUCGUCUUGAUCACUAGAAAUCCGGUGCCUACUGGCGAACCUACUAAACUGCAACCGAAACGUAAAGGACCAUACCUCGUGUCUAAAGUGCUAGGUCGAGACCGAUAUCUUUUAACUGACAUCCCAGGAGCGCAACGAUCACAACGACCGUUUCGUUCGGUGUUUUCAUCGGAUCAUAUGAGACCCUACUGCAAACUCCUCGAAUCUGACGAAGAUGAAUCUGACGACGAACGGGUCGAGGACGACCCGAAUGGUAGCGGGCCGAACUGUCAGAUCACAGCGGCAACGUCGCUAGAUCCGAGCGCUAGCGGCGGGCGAAGGAAGUAG